AUGUGGGGCAUGCUUGACAACAACUUCGCCGGUAUGGCUGCAAUUAAAUACCUGGAAUCUCUGGAUCUUCCAUUUGCAGGCAUCCAGAGUUUCGAAAGAGAGCGGACCAAGUUCAAGUUUUGUGUUGAAGCUAGACGCCUUGGAACCCCAGCCGUGCCGCAAGAAGAACUGGCAUUCACGAUCAGUCGCUUGCAUGGUAAGAUGAGGGCUGUCCGGAAACGAAGAGCAAUAGCACUAGGUGUAGACGAUCCAGAUGACUAUGUGCGAGAGUGUGAGGCUGCCGGGAGAAAUAGCAGCGACCUUGUUAUUCAGGAAUUUAUCGAUGGAGAAGAGUACGCUGUAGCUGUCCUUGCAAUGGGCGACCUUCCUAUCCCUCUGAGUCCCCAGUUCGACUCUAGGACUACCUAUGAGCUUGUAGAUGAAGAGAGCUCCCUCGAGGUAUAUCGGCAUCUCCAGAAUACGGCAGUGGAAGCAUUCCGGACGUGCCAAAUGCAUACCACCAGGACGGGCUGCGAUGUUGAUCUGCGGGUUGGGUCUGACGGGACGGCAUAUGUUAUCGAGGUUGACCCUCUCUCUGUGCAUUUCUUGCCCCCGGAAUCGCUAUUGGAAGACAAGGAUGUGGACCGAGAUCUACCUGGGGACUACAGGGCUGCUGUGAAUAUCUUUAUUACUAACUACUACCUCCACUACCCAGAAAAGAGCGCAGACAAGAGACGGCAAUUGGCAGAGUUGCAUGACCAGGAAGCUCCGUGGUACGAUACUCUGCAAUUAAACAACUCCAUUAUACUGCAGAUCGCAGAUACCCUAUCAGGCAGUGUGCUAGACCUUGAAUGUGGAACUGGGGUUCUAGGUCACAUCCUCCGCGGAAAGCAAUCACAACCACAUCAUAUCCCCGGACUUACCGGGGUAGAUAUUUCCAGAGGUAUGCUGACUGUGUAUAAACAGGGUGGAUGGUGUGAUGAAAUCGUUUUUGAAGAUAUGUUGCGGUUUCUAGCUCACUAUGAUACGCAAGUAGACAAUGUCUUUUGCUUGUCUGCGCUUCACUUCUUUCUCUACAGAGGAACUAGAUUUUAUCCUUGCACGAUGCUUCUUACUCGCCAAGCGGUCGAUUAUCCUAACGAUCGAUGA